ACACACAGACUCACCAUGUACCAGACUAGAGAAGCCAUGUCAAAGAUAGAUGCACUGCACUGGGAUGAAGAAUCUACUCUCUAAUUUGUUGCCAGUUUUGGGUGAGUUUUUUUAAAGUGUUUUUUUACAACUAUGACAAAAUUAAAAGAUCAUGAAGUGGAGUGAAAAUAUGACAGAGUUGUCUAUUUUUUUUCAGCUCUAGCAGCUUGGUUCAUCGAGAUAAGUAAGUUGUCAAAUGUGGCCUGUGAUAUUGUGCCACGAUUACAGAGAGGUCUUUUUUUCUCCCUUUUUCAGAAGUGUGUAGACAUUUGCAAACCUUUUAAUCCCACAGCCUAAAAUUUCAUGCUUGUAUUUGUAGUGUGCGAUCAUAAAUUCUAAACUCCUAGUGUUUCAUAUCUUUCUUUAGGUGGAUCAACCUCUCUUCGACCAGUACUGACAGGUCCAGACUUGGCAUACCUCAGCUCCAGGGUGGCUUUCCGUUGUUCUGCUCCUGGCUCCUCUACUCCAAUCACCUAUGAGCUGCUGAAGGAUGAUAGUGUCCUGAUCGACACGGACACUGACUUUGAGGGGGGCCGACCUGCACCCUUUUUCUUAAAGGUCUCUGCUACAACAGAGGGGACAUAUUACUGUAGGGUGACAGCCGGAGCGAGCACAGGAGUCAGCAACAGCAUAAAGCUGAGCAUAGUCAGUGAGUAAAAGCGGCAAAGACAGAAAGUGUUCACUCUCAUCCCCUAACUCGAUCUCUUCCUAACUAUCUAUCACACCCUUAUUCCAGCUCCACCAUUAAACACCAGGAUCUUUUCUGACCCUUCCCCUCCUGUUGCAUAUGAGGGGUCACACAUCAUUCUGAGCUGCAAUGUAUCAAAGGGCUCCCACCUGUCCUACACCUGGUUUUUCAACAAGAAGGAGGUGACACCUUCCACCUCUCCCUUCCUCCACCUCACCGGGAACAGGCUUGUGUUGGAGAAUGUGACCCCAGAGCAUGCUGGGAGCUAUUACUGCGUGGCUUGGUCCCAAAUUCAUGACAUCAGGAGGUUUACAAGCAGCUCAGAUGUGCUGGUGACUGUAAAAGGUACGUGUUUAGAGGAGAGACAGAAAAGCCUGUAAUAGCAGAGUGUGAUGUUAUGGAAGAGGAUAAAGGGGGAAAAAAUGUCCAAAAAACAAUUGUAGAAGUCAGAAUUUGUAAAACUAUAGCUACUGAAGUACAAUUAAUCUAAGAGCCCCUGAGAGCUCAUUUAAACAACUCUCCUCUAAAACUUUGACUUUAUUCUCAUAAGUAGCCAAAUGACUUCUCGUUCGUCAUUACUUUAUUACAACUUUAUUCUCGCUAGUAAUUAGUGUAUUACGACUUUAUUCUUGUUGUAAUGACUUUUAUUACGACUUUAUUCUUGUUAGCAAUGAUUGUAUAACGACUUUAUUAUUGUUUUAAUGACUUUAUAACAACUUCAUUCAUGUUAUAAUGACUUUAUUACGACUUUAUUCUCGCUAGUAAUCACUUUAUUUCCACUUUAUUCUUAUUAGAAAUGACUUUAUUACAACUUUAUUCUUGUUAGUAAUGGUUGUAUUACAACUAUUCUCAUAAGUAAUGACUUGAUUAUGCCUUUAUUCUCAAAAGUAAUGAUUAUAUUACGCCUUCAUUCUCGUUAAUAAUGACUUAAUUACGACUUUAUACUCGUUAGUAAUGACUUUAUUAGGACCUCAUUCUCGUUGGGAGCCCAAUGACUUUACUUUCGUUAAUAAUGACUUUAUACUUGUUUGUCAUUAAUUGCAACUUUUUAUCUGGGAUAUAAUGAAACACUCAGAUAUUAACUGGCUGUUUUAAGCUACACAAAAAGGGCAGAUUGAGUUACAACACUAGUCUUUUAUUUACAAAUGUACCGUAAACUACUAGAUGGACUUUGGUUUGUUUUUGAUCCUUCCCUCUCUCUCUAUUCCUUCAUCAGUCCAUGUCUCAAAACCAAAGAUCUCCUUCUCCAUCCUUAAAAAUGGAGACACAUACCAAGGCAAUGUGACCUGCUGGUCAACGAGAGGAAGUCCACCUGUCAACUUCUCUCUGUUACUAGACGACAGGGAAGAGGGAUCUGUCACAGCGACUGAAUCCCUCGCUGCUUGGUUCCCUGCUGAAAUCAUACCAGGUCUGGACAUGGGCGUGGCUCGAUGUCGGGUGAAAACCGACAUACAGGAGUUGAUGAGUGAGCCUGUGACUCUGGAAGUGGGUAUGAAACACACAGAGACUUGUGAGAGACAUGGGUAUGUUUGUGAUGCAUGAUUUGAGCCCUGCCUUUAAAUUAAACUCUCUUCCUGUCAAGUUCCAGUUGGAGGGGAUGUGAAGCUGGAUAUUGAAUAUCUCUACAGAGCUGAUUUUCAGCUGGCUGCUGCUACACUGAGCUGUGACGUCAGCAGGGGAACUUUCCCACAAAUCUCCUGGCUCUUCAACGACUCUGUCCUUCCUUCCGAGGCACCACCAGAAGGCGCUCCUAUUAAACCCGGGCUGUCUAAUUAUGCCCUCGGUGACAACAGUCAAACCCUUGUGCUGACCAGGAUUGGCCCAGAGGAGUCUGGAUAUUACAACUGCAGGGCCAGGAACAGCUAUGAUGACUCUGGGCCCUGGGUGAAGAGUGAAGCUGUACUGGUCCGAGUCACAGGUGAACAGUUCAAGACCAGAAGUGGAGUAAUAUUAACAUUACUCCAUAUACAUAUACUACAUAUUACUCUGCAUUUAAACCUGAGGGCCUAAAUGAACCAGCUCCUGAUACAAGGCCACCAAGCACAGACUUGGCAGUUCUGGAUCGAGUUGCUUGGGAAAGACGGCAGAUUUUAAAAACAGUUUCAGAUUUGUGAGAAUUUGUCAAAUUGAAAAAGGGAGAUUUCCUCGAAAAAAGGAGGAUAGGUGAAGUGGUUUAGUAUCGAGACCAUAGACUGUAUAUAGAAUGGACGCCGUCGGACUACUCGCUGGGUGAAGCCACCCCGAGAACAGCACCCUCUGGUGACGGGCUGCAGUAUAGGUCAUAAAUCCCACCUCCACCAGCAAUCCUUAUGGAGCUGUGGACAAAGUUUAGAAAUUUAUUACACAGAAUAUGAUUUGAACUGAGCUAGACAAGUGUCGUUCUACUUUAGCCUGUGUUUAUGCCGGUGAAAAGCCGACUCAAACCUUUCUUCCAGUCGCUCUAUCGUAAGGGGGAACAAAAGAGGAGUUGGGUUAGGCCGAAAGCCUCUUUGUUAACAGCUACUUUGUUCCCCAAGGGCUUUUUAAACCAGCCUCAAGUGGACACUCAAGGAAUUGCAGUUUUCAGCACUUCUGCACUGGCUCAAUUUCUCUCCAUAGGUUAAGCCAAGCUAAGAGAAGCUAAACUCAGCAUAGCUUCAUGAAAAGGGGUAUUACUCUUCUACGAAAAAAAGAUCAAAAUGAAAAUGUGUUCGGAAAUGUUUGAGAAGUCAUGAGAAAGAUAUGUUUAUCUCCUUGCCUCUGAUGUUAAAAACACUUGUUUGUCUGUUCUCCUCCACAGAGGUUUUCAUGACCACCAUGGAGGCCCUUUCCAUCGGGUUCUGCUGCUUUGUUCUGCUGACCCUGGUCGUGGGUUUAACAUUAAUUUACUGGAUGUUGGACCAGGAUCAAGGUGUGUGCUCACGUGCAUGUAAGACAAAAUGUAUAAAUGUCAAAUGUCAAACUGCAUGUUCUUUGACUCAUUAUGUGGUCUAAUUUCUUUAACAGCUCGUGCCUGUAUUUCUAAAACAAAGUAAGUUACAACUUCAUGGACCUUCAGAAAGUUCUGUGUUCUGAAACUGAAGUCAACCUGCUGAACAACAGUGUGUUUAUCUCCUAGUGCUAGUUCUGAUGUACUUACGCUGUCAGAGCCCACAACCCAAUCAGAGGGUUCCCAGGCUGUUCCUGCAUCUGCAAACCGUGAUAUUCACCAUCAGGUAUAAAUAUUGGGAAUACUGCAGAUAGUCACAUAUAGACGAAGAGUCUAUACGAAGACUGAGAGCUGCUAUGGAGUCUGAUUUAGUCUAAACUUUAUCAAAAAGAGCAUGGGUUAAAUAUCUUUGAAUAGCAUCUGAUCACUACAUUUAUUUCUCUGUUUUCAGCUCAUGGAGAUCACCUUGUGACCCAUAAGGAACCUCCUCCGACCAUUUCCUCUUCAUCCUCUCUAUCUCCCAUCCGUCUGUUUUUGUUGGAUUGCACGUGUGCCAGUUUUCACUUUUCUUAGCUGCCAAGUUUGUUGUAAACCUGACCAUCAAUUAUGAAGAGUGAAAGCAUAUAUUUAAGGCAAGACAUACUGUCAUGUUUUUGGCAAAUAAAUAAUUCAAACUUUGA